AUGGCCGCCGCCCUCAAACGGGCCCAAGCCCACCACCGCCGCUCGUCGUCCGCCGCCGGAGCCCACCACGACCUCCUCCACCCGCCGAGUUGCCUCGUCCCCGUCCGAGUCGACCUCGACCAGCUCGUCCUCUCGAUCCUCGACGACCCGAGCGUGAGCCGCGUCAUGAGGGAAGCCGGCUUCUCGAGCACCAUCGUGAAAACCAACCUCGAAUCAAACUCCGAGGACCGAAUAAAAAACCCUAGUUUCCUCUUCCCACAACCGAAAACCGACGACGUCGAGGCUAUUUUCGACGUUUUGCUCGGAAAAACAAGAAAAAACGUCGUCGUGGUCGGGGACUCGCCCGCCUCGGCCGAACGGGCCGUCUCAGAAUUCAUGGAUAGGUUCGAGAAAGGCGAUGUCCCGGUCGAGCCGUUGAAGUCGGUCAAGUUGAUCAAGCUACAAUUCUCUACAAUUCCUCUAAAGUUCAUGAAGAAACAUGAAGUUGACAUGAAUGUUGGUGAUCUCAAGAGGAAAGUGGAGUCUUUUGGGUUUGGUGGGAGAGUUGUUAUCUAUAUUGGGGAUUUAAAAUGGGCAAUCGAAAGAGAGGGUCAUGAUUAUGAUUAUGUUAUAAGGGAGUUUGAUUUUAGUGCUAUUUAUAGAAACCCAAUUGAUUAUUUAGUUAGUGAGAUUGGAAAGUUGGUAUCUUGGUAUAACUCGAGCUCGAGUAUUAGGGUUUGGUUGAUGGCUACAGCCGAUAACGAGACGUACGCGAAAUGCCGGAUGAAGAAGCCGAGCUUGGAAGGUCAAUGGGAUCUCGAGCCGGUUUUCGUGCUGUCGGGUGGGCUAGGGUCGAGCAUCGAUGGUAUGAGUAGUUGUUGGGAUUCAAGAAUUACAUCAAAAAGCUACCUUUGUCCCCACAAGGAACAUGACAAUAAUGUUCCCACUUCUUGUAUAGAGUACACUACAUCAAAUUUUGAACAAGUAAAUGGUUCUGCCCAAUUGCCCUAUUGGCUCAAACCUCAUGGCAAUUAUAAGGUAGAUUUGGCUCAAUUGAGGAGGACAAAAUAUGACACACUCAUUAGCAAAAAUCACUACCAAUCUUCACCAUAUCCAUGUUGGCCGAACAAAGCGCGCGACGAUGUACCUAAUUCGGCCGGGACAAUUUCAUUUUCGUAUCCAUCUCUCGAUCCUAACCAAAACCCCACAUCCGUGCCUCGAUUUAGACGACAUCAACAAUCGUCUCGUGUCGAUUUAUGUUUUAGCAACGGGAGUGCGGAAAAUCAAUUAAAGAAACCGAAUUUGGAUUCCCUUAAGCGCACGGAGGGUAAAGAUGUCAAAAUCACUCUGUCGCUCGGGAACUCAAAUGAUCACGAGAAAAUUUGCGAACUGCGUGAAUUGGUUCACGAAAGUGUGCCUUGGCAAUGCGAAACCAUUCCUAUGAUUGUGGACUCAUUAGUGGAGUAUUGUUGUGGAGAAAUCAAGCAUAAUAGUGAAGUUUGGUUGAUCGAGGGGAAUGACUUUGUUGGGAAGAGAAGGUUAGCGGUCGGGAUAGCUAAAGCGGUGUUUGGCUCGCCGGAUAUGUUGUUUUGCAUGAACAUGAGGCACAACGAGAACUACACGGUGGCUCAAAACCGCGUAAUCUUGGAGACGGCAUUGAGGAAUAAUAACGACAAGCUCGUCGUUUUCAUUGAGAAUGUCGAUUAUGCCGAUCAAGAGUUUGUCGAGUUUAUCGUGGGCAAGAAAGUUUCUUGCCGCGCGAUAUUUGUUUUGACAACCGAUGGCGACGUGAGUUGUAAUCAUUCGGUUAUACCGAUGAAACUACUAGUUUCCCAAGAAUCCAAACACGGCCUUACUAGCAAGUCGAGUCUUUCGUCCGAAGUAGGUCGGAAGCGAAAACACGAUUCGGAAUUUCCAGUCAAGGGCAAGAAUAUUCAAAGGAAGAAGCACAACGAAGUCGAAGAGGUUUCUUCAAACGGCGUCGAGACCGUUUUAGACCUCAACGUAAAAGCUGACGAUCACGACGAAGAACAAGGCAAUUUGAGCUCGAUUUCGAGCGAAUUGACGCGUGAAAUCACAGUCGUCGAACGUGAUGAUCCCAACUCACUCGUGCGUCUCAAAAACAUCAUCAAGAACCAGUUUGCGUUCAACCGGGACUCGGAUAAAGACGAGAAGGCAAGAGAAAUGUUGUUGUUGAAAAUUGAGGGGUCGUUUCGAAACGCUACGAAUUGUAACAUCGGUUUCCACGUCGAGGAGGAUUUGUUGGAGGAAAUCCGGUGCCGGUCCGGGUUUUAUCUUAACGACUUGUUUGGACAGUGGUUGAAAGACAUUUUUCAAGCAAGUUUGAGCAUGGUUGGGGUUCAUAGAGACAAUGUUAGAGUUAGGCUGUGUUUGGAUGGGAAAUUAGGAGAAUGUUGUGAAGAGGAUGGGUAUAUGGGGACUUGUCUUCCCAAAAGAGUCCCAGUUUGUUUUCAGUAG